CUCUGCUUCACAUGCUCUCAUUCCACCAAAUCCAUUAAGAACCAAGACAAAAGCUCAUUGGCUUUAGCCCUUAGGCUCUCUCUCUCUCUCUCUCUCUCUCUCUCUCUCUCUCUUGGUUUUCCAAGAUUCUACUGUAGAUAUGAUUUUCCUCUCUGCAAAUCAAAUCCAAGCGUUGUAUACCCACUUGUUAACGCUCUUAGUUCUUUUCUCUCCUUGAACAAAUUCACAGCUCUUGCUUUGUUCUACCCCCUGGUUGUAUAUGCUCUGUUCUUUUCUCUGUUUUUCAUGGCUGCUUUUACUACAGAUGGCAAAAAAUUUCAGGACCAAGAGAGUAAUAAUAACAGUAUCAAAAAUGAAGUUAGCAGGCAAGAAAUUCAAGCUGCCAUUGCCAAAGCAGUGGAGCUGAGAGCUCUUCAUGCUGCUUUGGUGCAAGGAAGCAGCCCUGCAAAUCUCAGGUUUCCUUCUUCUUCCCCUGCCUCACGCCCUGCUUCUCAGUUCUCUGCUCAAGACUACCCUGUUUUCACACCUAGUUAUGAAGAUGAACCAUUACCUGGGUACCAUCAUGUUCCAACGAUGAAUCGAACAUUAUCUGAAAGUUGGGAUGAAUAUGGCCUAGAAGAAGGCAAUGGGGAUGAAGCAGUUCUAUCAAGUUACAAGGACAACUCAUCUUCAAGAAAAGGGUUUCCUUCUGACUUAGCCAACUUUGAGUCCCAUGCUUGCCCAGCUGAGGAUCAUAAAUCUGUGACUGGCUCAUGUACGAACCAAAUCACUGUGCUUCAAACAUCACCUGCUAACGAGUUCUACAGGUCAAGUAGGAGAAAUAGUUUGGGGGAUUUCAACUCACUGUCAUCUUGUAAUAGAUGCAAGCCUGCAAUUAUAACCAGCGAAUCGGAAAAUGGAAUGAGAAACUGCAGGAAUUCUAAUACUGUUGUGCCAUUAACAGAUUCUCAUUCAUCCGUUCAGUCACAGCCAAAAAGCCGGAGUGUGAUUUCAUGGUUGUUUCCAAGGCUAAGGAAGAAGCAUAGGAAUGAAAGUUCUCCGAACCGAACAGAAUCCGAAGAAGUUUCCCAAGUUUAUAGGGACUUGGGGAUAAUGUCAAUUGAGACAUUGAAGAAGGAGCUCAUACAAGCAAAUGAGAAUAGAGAUGCAGCCUUAAUGGAGGUUUCUGAGAUGAAAUCUUCAGUGGGGGAGCUGAAACAGAAACUGGACUAUUUGGAAACUUACUGUGAAGAGCUGAAGAGAGCUCUAAGACAAGCAACACAUGCUAAGAGUUGCCAAACCCCGGAAAAGCUGGGGAAUUUUCCAAAGAGAGGAAAAUCCAAUGAUGGGAAUGCAGAAAACUUAAUGCCGGUCAGCGAGGAAGUAAUGGUGGAAGGUUUCUUGCAGAUAGUAUCAGAAGCAAGACUGUCAGUAAAACAAUUCUGCAAGAUCCUUGUAGCACAAAUUGAAGUAACAGAUAACACCCUGGUGGACAAUUUGAAUAUGCUUCUCCAACCAUUUAAAUUGUCAUUAAGUUCCAAGUACUCCAAGGCAGUUUUGUACCAUUUGGAAGCCAUCAUAAACCAGUCACUCUACCAAGACUUUGAAAACUGUGUGUUUCAGAAGAAUGGCUCUCCAAAGCUUCUAGACCCUCAACAAGCUUGCCAAGCACAGUUUUCAUCAUUUGUGGCUCUUAGAAAUUUGAGCUGGAAUGAAGUGUUAAGGAAGGGAACAAAGUAUUAUUGUGAGGAAUUCAGUAAGUUUUGUGAUCAGAAGAUGAGUUGCAUCAUUACAACACUAAAUUGGACUCGGCCAUGGCCUGAGCAGGUUCUUCAAGCAUUCUUUGUCGCUACCAAAUGCAUUUGGUUGCUUCAUUUGCUUGCGUUUUCAUUCAAUCCACCGCUAGGAAUUUUGAGGGUCGAAGAGAAUAGGAGCUUUGAUCCACAUUACAUGGAAGACAUGUUCAUGGAUAGGCAGAGAUCGCAUGGUUCAAGCCGAGUUAAGAUUAUGGUAAUGCCAGGGUUUUAUGUUCAGGACAAGGUUUUAAGGGGUAAAGUUCUUUGCAGGUACAAGUCUGCUGGUUCAAUAAGUUGACUCUUUUUCUUUGUUUAUAAAGUCUUUAUUAGGAUUUUUUUUUUCCCCUUUCUAAGGGUUAUCUAAUCAACAAGAGAAGCAUGUAACUUUGAUGUUUAUAUUUCAUUAAUUGUUCAAAGGGUUUCUUCCA